AUGAUGCUGCUGCAUGACCUGCCCCACUACUAUAGAGAAAUUGAGGGAACUGAAAUCCUAUCAAGAACCUUUGAGUCCAAUGAGGUACUAACUCCACUUCAAAUUCCUUCCCGUCCAACUGUCUCACAAGACAGAUAUAAAGAGUUCAGGGAAUCCUUUCACUCCUGCAAGCUUCCCUGGAGAGCAGAAAGGGAGCAUGGAAGAAUUGCACUACCUGUAUUGCCGGAAGACCACAAGGCAAAGGACAAGUCUCCAUGCACAUUUGUUAAAGGAUAUCAACAUUAUGGUAGUGGUGUAGACCCUUGGCCAAGAGGCCUUUCCACUGAGCAGUACUGUGAUGUCACCCAGCUGAAAAAAAGUGAUAUGUGUAUGAAUGAUGAACUGCUUCGUAAACCACCAGACAGUUUGGCUAAACCCCUAUGCCUGCCAUUUCCCACCUCUCAUCCCUACCAGACACACAUCUCUAGGUACGCCAUGUUUCCAAACUUCAAAUCACCUGAGGAUCGAGACACUGGGAUUGAUGCAAGCAGUCAUCAACCUUUCCAUCCCAAUAUCCCUACCAAGGCUUUUGAUAUGGUUGUUCUGAGGAAGACCAGAGGUAAUCCAUACAGGCAUGAAGCUGUCAGCAUUCCCUCUGCCUCCCAGAAGGCGGCUCUGCACUGGCCAGGACAGCACACAUACUUCCAACUUCCUAAGUUUCUGGAACAUAACCUCUCUCCAAGAACAACCAAUAUGCUACAAAACACUGAAAGGGCUCUGGGGAUCACAACAUACAGUCGGGACUUCACAGGAAGAGGCCCUAUGAAUCCUCAUAUCCUGGAUAACUAUUACAUGAAAGCAGUUGGCAGAUUAACUGGACAACUAGGUGAAGAUGUGGAACUAAAAGAAACGUUUCUGCCUAGUCUGUCACAAGUAAGACCUCUUGAAGGGCGCACUGCACGUUUACUUCAAGGUCGACGUCCUCAUGAAUCAAUUCUGCAAGAACAGCACUCCUCCAAGCAGGCCACUCUGUCCCAGACAUGCUACCAGAAAGUUCAUUAUCUGGAUACACGGCCACGAAUAAACAAACUUCAGAAAAUCACUGACACAUUGCAAACAGAAGCAUUAUGCAGGGGACAGCUUUCAGAAAGACCUGAACUUGAAUCCCUUCUAAAAUCUGCAUGUUCCCUUUCCUAUGAAGACUUCAAGCCCAGACAUUUGGAUCAACGUACAGUAUGGGAAAACCCAGUUAAUCUAAAUAAGCCAGGCUUACCAUUGGAUGCAAAGAGUGAGGAAAGUAGAAUUUUGUUGCACAAGCUUUGGCAUCAAGAAGCAUGUCAGUCUGCAUGGAGACCAAAGGAUGGGCCAAGAGAGACAGCACUGCCUGAAUGGAUCCCCACCUGUGAGGCUCCUCAUCGCCAGACAGCACUGCUGGAGCUGCAGCAUUCCUUCUCUAAAACAGCAGCACAAAAACUUUUUCAUGAUUUUGUAACAGGAGAGACAAAAGACCUCAGAGAUAAUAUUACUGAG